AUGGGAAUCAAAUCACAGCUUUCUCACAUACUUUCCGUUUCGGAGGCAUGUGAUAUCCUUGGCGAAAACAAAUGUGCUCGCAUUGUCCGCACUCUAAUUCAACUGACGCAGCAACCACCUCCUCACAAAAUGCCAACGGAUGAAGACAUCAACUUUCUGAUACGUGCCAUGAUGUACCGAGUCAAUUCACAAAAGCAACAACAGCAACGCAAAGAGAAGCAAGAACAUCGGUUGUCACAUUACGAAAAGUAUCAGCAACACCAACAGCAGCAACACCAACAACAGACCCAAUCUUGGUCAGAUUCCAUAACGUCUUCCUUUGACUCCAAUGGACUUUCCUCCAGUGCGACAAACUCAACAGAACCGUUGUCACCACCCCCGCCGCCCCCGAUCAAAGACGUCUGGGUUCGCCUCACGACUCGGGCCUGGAUGUUGGACAAGCUGACCUUGAUCAAAUUUCUAGUGCCCUCCAAUACGCAGCCUCAUCCAGGGGCUGGAGGACAUAUGGGUCUGUUUGACUGCCUUGCAUAUGCGUUGCAAACUAAGCACAAAAAUGUAGCUUCGGCUUCGUUCGGUGGGACUACCAGUCCAGCUCUAGCAGGGAUACCGGAUAUUAUCGUCUUUUUGGCCAUUUGUGAGCGGUAUUAUCAGUUGCAUAGAAACAAACCAGAACCCAGUCCAAUGGACAAGGCAGACAACGAGACCAAAGAAAAGGGAGAAGAACAACAAACGGAAGUUGAGAACUUGUCGAGCGACCAUCCGGCAAUACAACAAAUGAGUCUAUUGAUGUUCAUCGUUUAUGAUUCCUAUCAGAAAAAGAACCAUAUCCAACGGGAUACCCUACGUCGAUUCCUUUCGGAUGUGUAUGGUGAAAAUUGUCACAAAGGCGAACCAAUGAAAUCAUUGUUGGACAAGAUAUUCUCGGCUCCGUCUCUGACUGAUCGCGAAUUCGUACGGGGAAUCCAAAAGACCAUUACCUUUCAAUCAAAUCGUCCGGUGCACUUUUUGCUGGAUUGGAUGGCAACUUUGGCACAUGGACUGUUGCCGUUGCACCCAAAACUGCCGAAAUCGACCAACGAUUUUCUGAUAAGCAUGGAAAACCAAGUACGCUGGUUGCCACAAUUGUUGCACGAAUACGAUUUGGCCGAACAUCGACUGUACGAUAUAAAACGGAAGUUCCAUUCCCUUGUGGAGACAUCAUCGACUUUGAUUCAUGGUGAUCCCAUGAAGAAUGUGGAUGAUUGUGGUAGUAGCAACAGCAACAGUGGUACUACUACCAACAACAAUGAGACCCAUUCAUCCGCACAAACUCCCAAGCAUGCCAUCCCCAAAGCGGUCUUUGAAACGGCUGUCUGUCAAGGCAGUGAUGAACUGGGACACGGGGGAUACCUGCCACCAAAGGUUGCCAACCUAGUCUUUCGGGCUGUUGCACGCAUGUCAGCCUCCUCAUCAACUUUGGAGCUACCGCCUUUGCCAGCGCCGCUGCAAGAGGAAGACGAAGAAUCGAGCAAGCUUCCACUGUUUUGGGAGCUGUCCCAUGUCUUGCGAUUUGGUGGCCUCUGCGUUCGAGUAGUGGGGGACGAAGACGAAUCUAUCGUACAAUGGUUGAUGCAAGUGGUGGGAUCACCACCUUCAACUAUCCUGACUCGUUUUCAAGUGGGAAAAUUGCUAUCUCUCUUAGGAGAGCACUUCGAGUUUCGUCAACGAGUGGAUCGGUCGUCUUGGGAUGAUGAUGACGAGACCGAUAGUCAUGACAAUGAAGGUAGUGAUAGUACCAAAAAAGAAUCUGCAAUGAGCGGAAGAACAGAAUAUAUGCAAGUUGAAACAGCUGCAAAGCUUGGUCUGCUACCGACAGCUUGGAAGAAAAAUGGUCAGGACACAGUGAGGAUAGGCGUAUUGGUUGAUGCGUUGAUGGAAGAGGUUGGGGCAACAGAUGAGAGUUUGACGAUGCAACAACUACUGGCGUGGCACAAAGUGUCAUUCUCGGAUGGAUCGCAACAACGGUUGAUACCUUUCAUCAUGGAGCUACGACUCAUGAUGAGUGUUUUAUUCGGUGUUCCACCCAAACUUGCCAGUAUGGAAGCUCGCAUCGUGGCAGAGAUCACCCGACGCCACAGAUUGCGGUAUCCCCAAACGGAUCUGAGUCGACGCGGCCCAAGAGGAACGGUAUGGUAUCUCAUUGACGAUCAUUGGUUCCAAACGUGGCAAAAGGUAGUAGAGAAAAUCAGCCAUACCGCAGAUGAUGACAAAGACUUUCGGGGUAAAGGCAACGAGACUAUAUCUCCAAGAAGGCUCAGCAAGAUUUCAAAUAAGGGACUUCUUCGAGAUAAUGGCAUUUUGGCGUUACGGGUGGAUAUAAAGUGGCGUAGCGAGUAUGAAAUCUUACCCCCGUUGGCGUGGUUAGCCUUGCAAGGAUGGUACGAUGGUGGCCCUCCAAUUUACCGAAGUGUGGUCCCGUAUGUUCCAGCAAUUCUGACUCACGGACACGUCAAAAAGGAUGUCAUCAAGACCGAAAAUGAGAUUGAACUUUAUCCCUUCUUCGUUACCAUGUUUCUAUGUGACUCCACGUCGCGAGGAGAAGCGCGCCCAUUUCAACAGGGUGUUCCCGUAAGCCGCGUCAACCCAGUCCGCUUCCUUCUGGUGCAACUUUGCAAACGUUUGGAAAUUGACCCGAAGAUGGGAAGACUAUGGGUAAUAGAGCCAUCGAAUAUAGGUAGUGCUGCAACGCAACAAGGGGUGUCGGAAGACUGGAUAUUGGAUCCUGAUGUGAAUAUUGCAGACCAAAGGAAGCAGCGGUAUGGUGAUCAAGCUAGUGCAUCCAACAUUACCUUGUUACUCGAACUGAAGGACGAAGAGUCGGGAUUAUGGCCACGAGGGAUAGAUGGGAAGCAGUGGUCCUUUGAAAAAAGUGAUCUUGGUGCAGUUGAAAACGGAGACGGAGUGGUCGGGUUGUACAAUAUGGGGAAUACGUGCUAUAUGAAUGCUUCAAUUCAGUGCUUGAGCCAUACUCCUAUUUUCCGAGAUUAUUUCAAUUCGAAGUGUUACUUGAAUGAUAUCAACACCACAAAUCCACUAGGAUACGAAGGGCGAUUGGCUCAAGUAUCCGCUGUUUUGUUCAACGCCAUAUGGAAACGGUUCAAUCAACAAGUGCCCCACCAACCGAAACGCGUGACUGCACCAGGGUCGUAUGCGCCGGUUAGUGCCCCUGCGAUCACACCAAAGACAUUCAAAGACUCUCUGGGAAAAUUCAAUGAAAUUUUCUCAGGUAACGAGCAACACGAUGCACAAGAACUGCUAGCGUUCAUCCUCGCAGGGUUAUCAGAAGAUUUGAAUAGAAUCCAAGACAAACCGUACAUCGAAGCUCCAGAUUCUGAUGGUCGUCCUGACCAAGAGUUGGCAGAUAUUUGGUGGUCGAAUCAUUUGCAGCGGGAGAUGUCGAUUGUUGUGGCGUUCUUCACUGGUCAAUACAAGAGUUUGUUGAAAUGCAAAUCCUGUGGUUACGAAAGUGCACGGUUUGAGCCUUUUUCUUUCUUGCAAGUUCCACUACCCGAGGAUGAUACCAUUCCUGUAUCGCUAGUUCUGUAUCCUCUCAAAGAUAGACCCAACGCUCUCAAAUAUAGCGUCCGAGUACACAACACCGGUAGCCUAUACGAUGUUUUGGUUGCGCUAGCAAAAGUAACGUACGAAGACGAGAAAGGGUCGUCAGCUGAUGCAACGAAAGUAAAUAGUCUCGAAGGCGACGAAAACGAUGAGAAAGAGGAAGGGAAGAAGGAACGGCUCGACAAGGAAUAUGCUGACCGAGCGAAGAAUUUUGCUGUAGUCGAUAUGAAGGAUGAUUAUAUCUUCAGAAUCGCAUCUAAUUCAUGGCGAUUGCCUGAUUUGCAAAACAAGGAUACAGGUGAAUUACCCCUGCUGCAUGUGUACUCGUUAGAUCCUGCGCCUGGUCUCGAUGGAUCAAACAGCGAUGAUAAACAUGGAAAGGAGAAAGAGCCAAACACGGGGGCAGAAGAAACGAACAAGUGCAAGAAUGAUGACGCACCUGCUGUUUCAUUCUUGGCCCUUGCACAACGGCGUUCGGAGCUUGUGUCAAAGAAUGUGCUCCAUCCGCUUCGUCAUUUUGUUUUUGGAACACCUCUACUCUUGAGAGUACCUCAUGUCGAUGAACUCACAGGGACGGAAGUCUACGACUUUGUUGCUGAACGCUUAUGGGGCUUUGUUCCACCACCAGCGCAAAGGUUUUUGGCAAAGUCGAAAGCCGCAACGCCCGACGAAAGAUUAGCGACCGAGUCGAACAUACAGACGAAAACUGACGUCCAAUCCAAGAUUGAGAGACGGAAGAAGCUGCACAAAACUCUAUCUGAUAUGGAGGGCGUAGCAUCUGGUCCUAUGCCACGCUACGGUUUUCGCCUGCGCUUUGCUUCCCGUGAUGGACGUCGAUGUUCACUUUGUCCUUGGUUCGAAUGUUGUAUUGGAUGCUUAAUUCCAGAUGAUGACACUCGAACUGUUGUGAUGUGCGGAGAUAGUAUUGUUAUCGAUUGGCACUUUUCCGUAGAUGUCGCGACGAACGGGUUUGGGACCAGAGGGGCUCAUGUGGACGGAAAUAGAAAGCCUAGAUUUCGUCCACGUCCGGCUGGCAUUACUAUAAAGAAUCACAGUUCUUGCUCCAGGAAUUUUAAGGAAGGACACCCAGGAGCAAUCACACUGGAAGAUUGCCUCGAUGCAUUUGCAAAGGAGGAGAAAAUACCAGACACUUACUGUUCCCAAUGCUUGGACUUCCGCAUCCAAACGAAACGCAUGAGCCUUUGGCGGACACCACCGGUUGUCAUCAUUCAAUUGAAGCGGUUCCAAUUCACCCAGUUCAUGCGAAGGAAGCUUCGAGACUUUGUUCAUUUUCCUGUAGAGGGUUUGGAUUUAUCUCGAAUCAUGGCGGGAGAUGUCGACGAACGCUCGACAACACGAAAUACCAAUGAAACCAAAAGCGACGAACCACAGGUAACAUCAAAGGACUCGGACACUUCACCGAUGCAUGAAGAUAAUGGACGAGCAGAAAUGCUGUACGACCUUUACGGAGUUGUCCACCACCAAGGGGCGCUAUCUGGAGGCCACUACGUUGCUUCGCUGAAAUCUGACCUCGAUGGCCAAUGGCGGCUUUUUAAUGAUGCCCAGGUCUAUGAAAUACACAGCAGCGACGUGGUUGACUCCUCAGCCUACAUUCUCUUUUACAUUCGCCGUGAUGUAAAAAAUAUGAAACUUUCUGAUUUCUGGGACGUGAGUCGUGGCGAGGCAUCACGCAUGACUGAAGAAGAAAUGGACUCAUUACUCCAUGGCGGGUCAGAGAGGUGUGCAAUAAGCUAA